UGCUGGAUGGGAGUGCUUCGGUGACAUGUGCUUGCUUUUGGGAAAACCAGUAGUCUUCAGAUUAGGACUAGGAAUAAUUAUCAUGUUUAUUUUGUGUUUACCUGAAUUUUUCAAAAUCCAUGAAGCUAACACCGUAAUGGUGUCCUGCAUGGAUACCUGUUCAUCAAGUAACACCACUUUUCCACUUUGUACUUUUAACAAUUCUUACAAAAGAUCAGUGCAACAAAGAAGAGAAACCCAGACUAUUUUGCUGAAGGUCAUUAUAAAUGAUUCCAAUUUCCAAAAUAUUCCGUGUAUUUGCCAGUUGUCCUGGAGGGAACAACAGUCCCACCCUAAACAGACAGAAUGUGAAUCCAAGAGGGAUGUGAAUGUUGAUCAUCAAGGAUCAGGGUCAAUAGCUAAAAGAACAAAAGGCUCGCUUGAAGUGAAAACAGAAAAUGUUACUUAUUUUUAUAAAUAUUUUAAUUUCACCACGGUUUCCAAGAAAGAAGUGAAGCAUAAUAUGAACUACCUGAUGGAAAUCCACAUCAACAAUUCUAUAGUCGGAGGACAAAAUGCAGCCAACAAACAACUAAAUCAUUCUUGUCUCUUGGCAAUGAUGGAAGACCAAAAUGACUGUAUAAAUAUUUCAUUGCAACUGAAGUCUUAUAUGGAAUAUCCAAUGUGUAUGACGAAGAUCAUUUGGCUCACUAUGAUUCCAGUAGUUUUUGUAUUUACUGUUUCAAUCGUCAUCUACAAAAUAGUCCAAGAAAAUAAACGGAACUCACAUUAUAAACAAAGAGUAGCAACAUCAAUUUCUACUGUUGUAAGAAGAAAGAGUUCCAGACAUGCAAGAAGAACUGUAUCUGCUAAUAAAAUUCAUCCUUUUCCUGUAGUGAAAACCAGCAAACAACAGGUCCCACUUCCUGCACAGACCACAAAGAUACUGCCUGUAAUUCCUGAACAAGAGCAUUGUCAUGUGGAUCAACUGUAGAAGCAAGGCACCCACACAAACAACAGAAGAUAGGAAUUAUGCAGAGAAAACAGAAAAACUCAUAAGACAUUCUAGCAAAGGCACGUAAUGAGUGAGCUCAGGAGUGAGAAGAUUACAGUUAAGCUGCUUUCAUGCAGGUAUUUCAGAAGAACACUAGGUGUGAUUUUAAAUUGCUGAGAUCCUUCCAAUUAUCCUUUUGACAGUUUUUCUGAAAAGCAUAAUUUCAGUGCUCUGAAGUGAUAGUACUGUCGUUAAAGUUAUUAUAAAAUUUGGUGUGAAGCUGCUGAAGGGAGAAGUUCCUACUAGCACUGGCCUCCUGGCUUUGAGGGUUGGCCAUUUCUGUAAGACUUCAUUUUUUACACCGUAAUUCCUGUUGAUAACUAUGAUUUUAUGAUUUACACUCUCAGGCAGCUUUAAAUUGUUUUCAGAACUGUAUGCACUCAAUUAGGUAUUUAUUUUUUAAAUAUCAUGAAAAGUAAUUCCUCCUGUUUCUGCUUCCGUAAGAGAUUCUAGUCUUAAUUGCACAUUAAAAUGACAGCUCCUCUCAGCACAGAAGAGCUCACAGAACCAGAUUGCUGAGCACAUUCCAGGGUACUUGGCACAAUUACUGGGUCCUGCACUAAAUGCAUGCCAGGCUGUGUUUCUCUCCAAAGGAGACACCAAGGGUUUCCAAGGGAAGCACUCCUGCUUGCUGGCAGAACUGGAGGACUAUAAGGGGCACUGUGCAGGCUGUUUAAACCCACUGCUCCAUUAGCUGGCAUCAAUUUUUGAUGCAGUCUAUCCUGCCUACACUUGUCAUUUUCUAGCUCACUUCGGCUGCUGCUGCCUCCAGUAAGAUUUCACAGCCAAGGAACACUUCUGAACCCAGUUCCUACCAUGUAAAAGAAAAUGUAGACAGAUGUUGUAAUCAGGCCUGCAGCUAUGGGAACUACCAGAAUGGGUGACAAGCUAUAUUUGCUUUUUCACUCAGUGUGCAAGUUAGAAGUACAGAAAUCCUGUACUUCCACUCCACCUCCCUCUUCUCCUCCCUCAGCAUUUUAUAGUUCCCUAAAAAGUAAGACAAGCUUGAUUGGAAUCUGUGAGCUCUGGGAGCUGGAAUCCAAAUUCAAAAGUGUCAUCGAUGGUUAGUGAGAAGCAGUUCACUUGUGAAUGUGGAAAAAGCUGCUUUCAUUUCAUUCUUUCCAAAUUUGUCCUGCCAUGUAGCGGUAUAGAAUGGGAAAUGCAGCUGGGCACAGAGGAGCACUUCAGCUAGGUGGAUGUGGUGAAUGUUUCUGGCUCUGCUCACCCUUCCAUUGCCAGCUUCCCUGGAAGCGGGUAAGGCCUGGUGUGCCUUGCUCAGGUUCCUCUAUCCCACUCUCAUGGGGCAGGUACCUGGGGCACUACUCAGUUGCCAGGUAUCAGUCUCAGUCUUUUGCUCCAAUCUGAUGUGAAUCACCUAUUUUGUCUGCCUUUUAGUUACAAUGUUGUUUUCUUUUGUAAUAAAGAGAAGAAUUCAUUAUUGUUAAAGUCAAAAUGAUGACAUUUGAGAUAAAUUAGAGAAGACUUACCCUCCUCUUUAUUUUUUUCCUGAUACUAUUUUCUUUAGUUUCAGGUGUCACCCUAUGAAAUACCACCACUUCCAGAUGAAAGAAGACACAUCAUACACCACAGAAGAAAGCAUCCCCAUUUCCAGCUUGGGAGGCCAUGUUAUCCAUCUUUUCAUGGGAAUGACAAUUACGCAUUUUAGUUGACAAGUUCCGUUUUUUCCAUCAUAAUUACUUUGUGUUAAGAAAAUAGGAAUGAUGGACAAACAUGUUUUGCUGCAUAAACAACUUUGAUAGCAGAGUAUAGAUUUCACAUCUAUUUUCUGUUCAUUCAGGAUUCAUACUUAGUUACAUGGUUGUGAGGUAAUUCUUGUGAUAAUUACAUAUUUUUAUCAGGGCAGAAAUUUAUUCUAUAUAUUCCAUAGCAUAAGAAGUAUUUUUAAAGCUAGGUAUUAUCCUCUACUUUCAUGAAAUGAGCACAAUUUUCAACCUUCUUAAUGCUCUAGAUGACUAAGAUGCCUAAAAGAUACAGUUUCUGGCUGUUGAGAAGGGUGGCCAAAGUAUUACAGAAGGAAAGAAUUCUGCGAGCAAGCAUGUUAGUUUCUGCAGUAAACCAGGAAGACCAUCAUAAUUUGUGCAAUAUCUUAGUGGAUAAAGGAAAAAAUGUGGAAAAAUUCUAAUUUGGCUUCAAAUCACAAAAUCGUUAUGAUAGAUUUUUGAUAACUCAUCAAGACAUUAAAUGGGUUUGUACUUUUUGAGAAAUUGCAUUUCCAUCUUUUGUUCCAGCUUGGAUCAUCAGCAUUCCAACCCAUUAUCUCUUGGAACUUUUCCUGACUUUCCAUUUACUACUGCUCCUCUGAGUGCAGUGGAGCUGUUUGGGCUGAGCAGGGUCCCAUACUCCUUUGGUGCUAACAAAUGAUUUGUAGGUACAGCUUAGCCAUCAGUUACUAGGCAGAGACAGAAAUUGCCAGGACUUCAGGCUCCCUUGUGCUAAAUCCAUCAGGAUGAACAGAUUGUAAACUGCCCAUUGCAAACACGAUAGGCAGCAAUUUAGCAUCCAGUUAAUACUUCAUUACCUCCAUUCCUUACAUUUAUACAGCCUCUCCCUCCUGACGCUGAAAUUGAAUUUUCCAGUCUACACUGAGCAGUUCAGAUUUAACAGAAAUAGUUUUGAACAUUAACUUCUGAAUGAUUUGAGGGCAUAUGGAUUUUUUAUAUUUUGUUGGGUAAGUCUGAAGCAUUUGUUUCUAUUAUUUUUUGGUUUACCAUCUUAUUAAAAAAAUAAGAGAAAAAGGCUUUCUUGAUUUGGGGGCUUUUUGUUGUUUGUUUGUGGUCAUAAGAAAGCUUCUCAGAAGCAGAGUUUUUCAGAAGUAGAGCUUUUAAUAAGCUUUUCAGAAGAAGAGUUUUUAAUACAGUUUAUAAAGUAAAGCUCUUACAAUUUGCUUCUUGGUUGCUUUUUCUUCUUAUUGUAGAGAGCAACUUACAGAAAAAGAGACAUAUUUGUCUCAAUUCACUACAGAGCUGCUAGGGCCGUUUUGGUCAGUGUUUAAAUGAUUCAAGUGUUUCAAGCUAUCUAUCAUUUUUCCCCUUCAGUUCUAGAGAUCUUGAUAGGAGCAGCCCUGCUUCUUGUGACCCCAACUUAAUUUUCUUUCUCCUGUAAUUUAAUUCUAUUAUUAUUCUUGCUGCCUAUAACCUACCUCUUUUCCUUAGACAAAUAAACUGUGAUUUGUUAUUUUAUUACCCAUAGUUAUCCCACAGCUCUUCAAGUAUUUGGUUUUACUACCCUGGAAGGUUCCAUCUUCCAAGUUACCUUUAAGAGCACCAUGAACAAGAAAACCCAAAAGGCUCUUUCAAGCUUUUCUUGUCUGCUGAGUAAAGCUUACCUUGUCUUCUAACUAUGAUCCAAAGUACAGGAAAUAAUGGAAGAAUGGGGACAUUGGUAAGGAUGGUAACAAAAAAUGCGAUUCUGAAGUAAUUCUAGUUGAGAAGGAUUUCAGGUGGUUGCUGGUCCAACCUCCUUACACUUGAGGAGGGACUGAAAACAACUGUUUAGUCUUGCCAUUUUCUCCUGAGGUUUGGUUUCUCUCCUCUCACAUCCUUUUAACUCCUUGUCCUCAUCUCUGGCUUUGUCAGAACUGAACAUGUCAGAAGAGAGAGGAUGUUCUGGUGCAGCCUCUCGUGCACAAGAUGCUGGGCAGGAGGGAAGAAUCUCAGAAACCAGCAAGAGAAAAGAGACAUGAAGGUGGAGAAGGGGGGUGUGUGUGUGUGAACAGAACUGGUGGGGAAGGUGGAACUGAUGGGGAGAGAAUGUGCAAAAUGGACAUGAGACUGAACUGGCAAAGGGAACUGGAGGGAAGGCAGAGACCAUCUUGAAUGCCAGCACCAGAUAAGCUGCUGAUACAGUCUCUGAGAUCUCAAAGGGCUGGAAGAGCAGGGCUGCAUUUUCUCAAAUCUAUUAAAUGGAUUGAGGGGCUUCUUAAGAUGUUUAAAAAUUACUUGAAUUACCUGGCGUUCUGGGUAGGUCCUCAAAAGGCUGUAAUGGAAGGCUGUGAAGAGGAGAUCAAAGUGGGGAGACUGCUAAAGAGUUGUUAGCAAAUGUGUGCGCAGGGACUUUUGCAGGGCAGCCAAUAGAGGGAGAAUGAGCACUGCGGAUCCACAGUGAUCAAAUUAACUGUUCUUUCCUAUUCUUUUCUUCUUCCUAUUUCCUUUCUGUUUAUUCCUUUGAGCUCUUCCUCUUUUGAUGUACCACCUCUGACUACCUUUCAGUUCAUGCAGAUUUUCAUUUUACUUCAGAAGUGCAUUAUUCCUGUUCUGCUGAGCUAAUCAGAUGUCAUCUCUUCUUUAUUCUGAAAAAUGCUGAAAAAUGUUUUUACAGAGGCCUUUCUCUAAUCCAACCUUGCAAAUGGUUCUUAUUUCCAGAAAGCACAUUCUUUUGUUUUUUUCUCUUGAAAAUAAUUUCCAUCUCCCAUCUUUUUAAUACAGCUGAAUUUUUGAAAUUUCAUUUUCAAUUUUUAAUUCUAAAACUGCACACUGUCAUCAAUAUGAAUGCUGAAGUAGGACACAGCAUGGAAAAUGUAUAAGUUGACCUGAGACAGAAUAAAGUGUUUAAAGUCCAGAGGGCUUUCCAGUCCAACUCUAAAAACUCCAAAGUAGGUCAGACUGGCUGAUGGCAUCAUGUUAAACCUUACUCUGAGAUGGUUUUCAAAAGAGCUCAGGAAAGUCCUUUUCCACGCUCUAAAUUCUUCUGAGACUAGCAGAAAGGAUGGGGCUGUCAUCUGAAAUAGAACUGGAAUGUCUCAAAGAUAAUCCUGUGAGCUGGGUGAAUGCUUGUAUGAUAAAAACACUUCUGUGAGCCAGAAAAAAAGGGGGAAACCUGCAUUUGUCAUUCAAAAUACUGUUGUGUUUCAGACUGCUUGAAAAUGUUAUGAAUCCUGACUGGUGAGUGACACUGGACAUUACUGGCGACACACAUCAUUAAAAAGCAUCCCAACUGGUAAUGACUGAGGCACAUUUUGGAGGAAGAUAUUAAAGGCUUCAGUGGGUGAUUUAAGCAGCAUGAUAAAAAGUGGAAGAGACAGUUCUUUUGUUCAGCUGUCUCUAGCAAUGGAAGCUGGAGUGUAGGAGGAACUCAUGGGGAAGAGAUGUUUACACAUGAAUAGACUAUACCCUAAAAAGCAGUAAACAACUUUCAGCUUGCUUUGGUUUGUUUACCCAAAAAAAAUCCCAAACCCAAGACAAAAAGAAGUCAAUAUCCUUAAUAUACAGUAAAUUACUUCUUUAACAGUCUAAUUCCAGCUUGUUCUUCAGGGAUGACCUGUAACUGUGGAUCAUCUGCAAGGCUGUAGGCAUGCAGACAUUAAGUUUCAUCCUGACAAAUUUGGAACUUAGUGCAUAAGUCUGCCCCCUUUGUUGCUGCAUAACAGGGUGGGUGUGUCAGAAGUGAAUGGAAUGCCAUGGAAAACACAUCUGCUCAAGAAAACAGGUAAUUUUCACAAGAACUUAAAACUUAGUAGUUUGCCAAGUGCCAAGGCUGAGUGUACUAACCUGGAAAAGGGCGGUGAUGAAAGAAAGAACACUCUCUCUAAAAUAAAAGUUUAAGGCAAUAUCUGUUUUUGUCAGUCUCCCAGUAAAAUUAUACUCAUCAUUCCAAAGGUAAAUAAAAAAAUCAGAAAAUAAAUUACUUCACUCAGAAUAUACUCCCAUCACAUUAUUCUGCAAGCCACUCCCUUUUAGUGUACUGUCACAGUUCAGUAUCUCAAAUGAUUUAUUUGACUGGUGGAAAAAUACAAAUCAGUGUAAACAAAAUAUUCUGGAUACAUCCACGCAGUACUUUUCUACUGAAAUAUUAUUUACUAAAGUUGAUUUAAAGAUAUGACAUUCAGUUUUCCUAGGACAAGAUGACUGAAUCUAAAAUCAGAUGGAAGUAUCCCUAUGCUUACAUACUGCCCUGUUCCCCUUCCUACAUUGUACAGAUGUAAAUACUUUGGUCUCCAUGUUACUUUUUAGAGCUUCUUUUACUUCAG